AAGAAAUUUUACAUAACCUAAAAAUUCUAAAAAAUAAAUACCAAAUCAAAAUAUUUGUUGCAUAGUAUGAAGUAAUAACUGGAAACAAUAAUGGAUCAUAUUUUUACAAUUAGCAAGAAACCCAGCCGUUCGUUGAACCCUUAUAAACAGAACAUAUUCAAUAAAUUAGAAAAGUCAAUUCUAUGUUCAAUAUCCAGUACCAAUGUUGUAGCGUUCAGUACUGAAAGUAAUAUAGAAGAAUGCAAUUCAUUAUAUUGGAGUUCAAAUGUAUAUGUGGCAGAUCUUAAUAGUCCCUGGCAAAUUCACAAGGUAUUGAGUAACUCUUCCCCAGUCACUGUAUUACAGUGGGAUUUUACUGGAGAGCUACUAUUAGUUGCAGAUGAAAGUGGAUGUGUGAGAAUAUAUUCCACCAAGGAUCACAUUUUAAAUGAAUGGAGUAUAGUCUUACAAACAGUAUUACAGGGUGAACACAUUUUAGCUGCGGCGUUCUUCCAUUCUGGCAAAAGGAUUUCUUUAAACCUAGACAAAAAAGAUAGCUCAUCUUACAUUGAAAAAUUUCAACAUGUUAAAUUUACUUGUUCAGUCAAACAAUUUGGUAGCAAACCUGCUAGUGGUGCUCUUUUACUCACCACUACUGGUAUGUUGGCUGCAGUUCUUCUACCACAACCCACUUCACAAAUGCCCAUGAUUAUGGCAACAGAAAGUUUGGGACCUACAAGAAUCUUUAUCAAGACAGCUGAUAUUUGUUAUGGAAAGAACGGGCACUUUCUAUUGGCUGUAAGUAGUGGAGAUCCUUCAAUGCCAAUUCAGUGUUAUAAAGUUUCUGUUAAAAAAGAAGACGAAAAAUGCACUAUUAAAAGCCAGUCGUUGCUCAGUUUUUUUUUAAAUGAAGCGCCCAAAGAGGCACAAAUGGAUCAAAUAGUUAAAGAAAAGAACUGCAGUGUAAGUCACAUAAAAUGGAUAAUGAGGGAAGAUGCUGAUUCUUUAGUUGUAGCCGCUAGUAGUCAAAGAAUGAGUUGUUUGCAAGUUUGGGAACUUCGAGAGAAAGCUCUUCCUGUACAUAAAUCUCUUGGAAAUUCCGAAACUUCACAAUUUUUCAAUACAGUUUUAUGGCAAUAUCAAUGUUACUUUCAAUACAACAGUCUAGUAACAGCUCUAUCUACAAGCAAACUCAGUUUAGUGAACAGUUUGUCUAGUGGAUAUGUUGUGGUUACUUUUGCAAACAAUUCUAUACAUUGUCUCUGCAAGGAUACUUUAAAACCUAUUGUUAAUACAACCCUAUCUGUUGUACCAAGGUAUUUGGAUGAACCCAAUGCCAAAUACCAAAAAGUCAGCACAAAUAUAUCAAAUAUUGACUUAUCUUGGUUAGGGAAUGUUCUUCUGUGUGUGGAUUCAGAUGACAGUUUACAUUUGUUUAAGUUACCUCCACAGAUUGAAAGUUCUACUCCUUUGAGUGUUCCAUAUUGUACAACUAUUUUGGAAUACUGUUUAAUUAGUGGACUAGAUUGGCUGGAUCUCUUGCUAGUGUUACGACCAGCAAUGCUUGAUCCUAUUUGUGACAGAUUGACAGAAAGUUUUAAUAGACAGCCACAUUCAGUACAACAGUUCUUCCACGUUCAGUAUUUAUGCAUCAAAAUAUCACUUUAUAGGUUAAGUUUUCAAGGUCAAGGUAAAGCUAAUGAUUUAACACAAUAUUUGAUGUUGCACAGUAUUACCACAGCUUUCAAAAGUUUACUGAGACCCAGUGAAAUGAAUAGCCAUGAAAAAAGUCCAGCAGAUUCAUUAGCCAGUGUAAUAGCUGAAGGUCAAAGUGACGUAGAUAAAGCCCUAACUCUGAUGCAUCUUGAAGCUAAAGAAUUUACAGUGGAAACUACCACACUGCAAAGUUUGCAGCAACUUAUCCAGUGGAUAGCCGAUUUAGCUUUGAAUCUUCUACUUAAGCUACCAGACAGUCGACCGGUUCCUGGAAAGCCAUACGAAUUGUUGCGCGAUGUCAAAGCUCUCAAUAUGUUGAGAGAAAUGUUAGUUUUGAUAAGGAUAUGGGGUUUAUUGAGACCGGCAUGUCUACCUGUUUUUAUCAAGAGUGAUACUAAUUUGGACGUAUUGGCUUUGGUGUUUAGGUUAUUAAGUAGGUUGGUGCAGAAUGUUAAUGAACCUGAUGAAGCUCUAAUUGAUGAAUGUUGUCAGCUACCGAGUCAAGUUCAAAUACAACUCCUCCAACCAUGUAAUAAUAGAGUAGUUCUUGGAUCUCCACAAUUGGCUCAACAAAUACUACCACUACAGUUGGAAUUUAAUAACGAACCCGAAUGUCUUGUAUACAACGUAGACAACAGCCCUGUUCAAACCGUUGAUUCGAUUAGACAUUUAUACUUGGGAAGGACGCCUCGGGUGGUCAAGCAAUGCGUGAGAUGUGGCGGAUCCGCAGGCACCGUACCAGUAACUAGGACAGCAGCUAUACGAGCUUGGGAUCAAAGAUGGCUUAGAUCUUGCCAAUGCGGUGGUCAAUGGAGGUUACAAGUCUUUUCUGGAUGAAAAUAAAGCAUUAAUCAUUCUAAAAUUAAGGUGUAAUUUAUUUUAAAUAGUGUUAACUUAUAUUAAGCUGGUAUAUGUAUAUUUUUUACCGACUUGCUGUCUUGCUGAAAAUAAAUGUUUACAUAUUUUA